AUGGAGGUUAUUGCAACGAAAAUGCAGAAGAAAAGCAAGAUUUCUGGUGCCGGCCUGCCACCGGUGUGUUUUAUGGUGGACACCAUGAGCUCCUAUGCAAACAGUAGUACAGGUAGACGUCGAUUGAUCACGAAGACAGAUGCGGAAGAAAAAGCUUUGGACAAGAUUACACGAGAAGCUGAGGCAAGAAUGCGGGUGAAACGAGAAACACGUGAACAAGCCAGACAACAUCGUUAUACUCUCCUAGAAAAACGUGUCGAAGAGGAAGCAGAGGCAUAUCGACAAGACGCUGCGUCUACUUCGAAUGGCCUGCAGACUUGCAACGAGGGAAGCACGGUAUUGCAGGAUAAAGUUAUGGAAUUGGAGGAUCGGUUUCAGCGAGCAAUGUUCCUCUACUCUCAGCUGGACAACGAAAAAUCUGCGCUGUUAUAUGAGGCAAGAUUUGCUGUGGAUCUGCUAAAUGACGAAUUAGAAGAGAAGGAAGUUCUCUUGCAACAGUCUAAUAGAGAAUGUCGCGAUCUCACCAGCGAAGUCAAACUUUUAAAACGGACGAUUGAAGCGAUGACAGCUACGCAGAACAAUUUGAAGGCUGAAAUUGCUCAGCGGGAUCGUUUGAUUCAAGAAGUCAAACUUUUAAAACGGACGAUUGAAGCGAUGACAGCUACGCAGAACAAUUUGAAGGCUGAAAUUGCUCAGCGGGAUCGUUUGAUUCAAGUAAGUCUGAAUUUUCUAUUUUAUAACAUCAUC